UUAAUAAAUAGUUAUACUGAUUUAUUUUAGUUAUUUUCAAUUCUUAAACUUAUUUUAAUAUGUAUUGUUGUCCUAUUUUUUUUAUUUAUUAAUAUUUUAUUGUUUAACUAAAAAAGAAAACGAUAACUCAAUUCAUUUGUAAUUGUUCUGAGCUUACCUACCUACUAUUCUUUAUUAAUAAUAUUUAAUACAUUUAUUAAUUUAGUUUUGAUUAAAUUCUACAAUGAAUGCUUUAUUUGAACAAAUAAAAGUGUUGCAUAGCCAGAAGUUAUAUUCAAAUAUUACUAAAGUGGGUGAAAUGAUAAUAAAAGUUACUGAACACACAACUGAUGUUUUGAUGACGCAUCAUAAGUUCAGACUGUAUGCAUAUUUAGGCGAUUCACAUUAUAACAUGGGUAAUUAUCGUCAUGCAGUCAUUGCAUACAAAGCUGCAUUGACAUUCAAGGAAGCAUGCAGUGCUGUUAAAACCCCCAUCAAACAGCAGUUUGAUAAUUUAAGAGAACCAAUGCCAGAUAUAGAUAUCAAAUAUCAAUUGCAUCUAUGUUUGAUAAAAUUGAAGGACUUCCAACAGGCAUUAACUAUUUUGCAGUCAGUACCAACAAAACAAAGGAAGACCAAAAUCAAUAUGGCUUUAGGAAAAUUACAUCAACAACUAGGGAAUGUUUGCUCUGCUAUUUCUGCUUAUAAUAAAGUUCUUAAAGAAUGUCCAUUAGCUAUUGAAGCAGCUGAAGGGCUCCUAAGCCUUGGUGUUAAAGGUACUGAAGUAAAUGCUCUUAUGCUAGAAAUGGUGAGCAUUAAUGGACUUGAAUGGUUGAGUGGAUGGAUAAGAGCUCAUGCUCAUUUGUAUAAUCACACCGAGUAUCCUCUAGCAAUAAAUACAUUAAAACAACUAGAUGAUCAUACAUCUUUAAGUAAUAGUAAUCGAUUGUUGGUUGCAAUUGGAAGAGCAUAUUAUUAUAUUGGAGAUCGAAAAAAUGCCCUAAUUUAUUUACAAAGAGCUCAUAAAUCACUUCCUAUUAUGCAAGAUGGCUUAAGUACAUUAGCUAUGUGCUUAUACAUGGAAAAACAAAAUAGAGAAUUAGAAAAGUUACUCCCGACAACAUAUACAGAUGAAGCAUUACUUGAUCCACAAUUAUGGGUUGUUUUCGCAUUUAUAUGUUAUAGUAAUAGUAAUCAUUCAAAAGCUAUAUGUUUAGUAGAAAAGGCCUGUUCAUUUGAUCCAAAAAAUAUUGAGACUCUACUAUUACACGGUAUGAUUCUAACUAGUAUGAAAAAGUAUACUGAUGCUAUACUACAGUUUCGCCGAGCCAAUGAUAUUGCUCCUAAUCUCUUUGAUCCUCACAAAGGAAUGGUAGAUUGUUAUAUAUCGUUACACAAAAUGAGAAGUGCUUUGACAGCUGCGAGCAAUUGUUGUAAACAAAUGAACAAUCAUCCUAAGGCUCUAACAUUGUACGCUUCUGUUUUGAUUAAAGAUCAAAUAUCUUUUGGAAAAGCAAAAAUUGUGCUAGAAAAAGCCUUAAAUGUUGAUGAAUAUUACUUGCCUGCUGUUUACAUGUUAGCACAAAUAUUUGAACAAGAAGGAAAUUUAAAUGCUGCUGUUGCACUUCUACAUAAACAAGCAUUGGACCAGCCAACGUGCAGACUUUAUCAGAUGCUAGGAGAUUUCAGUGUUAAACAAAACCAAACUGAAAAAGCAUUUGACUACUAUUACUCAGCACUCAAUCUUGAUCCAAACAAUAAACGAGUAAUGGAGAGCUUAGAAAAUAUGGGAAAACCGUGCAAUACUUCAACAGCAACGUCCACCGAUUCUGCUGGACCUGUUUUAAAUGGAUCUCUUCUGGAUGCAACAUUCAGUGGCGUCAACAAUGUUGAAAAUGAAUCCACACCGUUUAAUGCUGGCCGAGAAGAAGACACUUUUAUGGAUUCCGAUCAUGAAGGUUCUGGAUCGGACAUAUCAAUAUAACUGUAAACAUUCUUAGUUAUUCGCCAAUACAGUGAUUUUGAAUGAAGUAUGCGAAAAAUACCAAUAAGGAUAUUUUUAUUGAUCUGCCUUGUGAUUGUGACAUGAAUAGUGAACUAUUUCACCAUUUGGACAUCUCACAAAUGCACUAAAAUGUUCAUAAUUUUAAUUUUAGAAUAUUUUUAGUUAUUAAUUAAAAAUAAAUAAAUUACCUCUGAUUUCCAAAUCGUUUUUUACACACUC